GAUGCUCAUAGGGAUCCGAAGGGCCACGACAACAACCAACAUCUCCGUAGGAUCCUGCUUUUUUUUUUGCGCUCCUAGAUCUUCUUACCAUAGCACGCACCCUGCAUCCCAUCGGGUCCCGGAACCGUUGGAGAGAGUUGACAACUACCUAUUACCUCCUACCUCUCUACCUAGGUCAUUACCAUGUGUACCGCACGUGUACAUACCAUCGAUCUCAGCUUUCCUCCGUAAUGCAUCUGUCUUCCUUCCUUCCUAUCAUCCUUCCGGCCCAGCCAGGCCAGUUCGGUCACCUUCUCUUUUCCACAGGUCGUAUCCUCACCUGUCUCUCUGCGUCUAUCUUGUCUGUCUGUCUGUCACCAUCCAUCAUCUUCUUCCUUUGUCAGGUCUAUAACGGGCUGGGCUUUUCUUGGUAGGUUUGUGUCAUUGCCGCCAUUCCCAUUCUCAUCUCCGCCGAUGCCGUUCUGGACCCAGGCCGCUUCCUCUUUGCUGCCACCACCUCCGCCGCUGUCAUGCAGGACGAGUCCUGUUGCUCAACCCGAACCGAUUAGGAGGUAUUCUGGCGUACUGGUGGACGUUUGCCCGGUGAAAAUUUGCACUACAUGCCGUCUAUAUUCGUGAUGCAGUUCACUUAUCGGACCACCACUUUCCCACUUGGUCGAUGGGCUGGCUGUAUAGAGCCUAGGUUGUCUUCGCAUGCAUGUGUACUAGGCAACUAACUGCACACACCCAACCUAUGCGAUACAGUAACCUACACGUAGG